UUUACGGACUGAGGUCUACUUUAUGCAAACUGACGACGAGCUAGACAAGUAGGACGCAGAUAUUAUGAAAACUCUUCAGGAAUAGAAUUUCCCGUCUUUCUGUUCUGAACCCUGUCCUCCGGUUGGAGCGCUGUGUGGACGCUCACCGCCUGAACACAGCCUACUUCCCUCAGGUGACAGGCUGAGCCUGCCGCCCCCUCCCAUCAGAGAUGCUUCUGUCUGAGGUUGACAGCGCGACGCAGGACCAGCAACUGCCUCCGCAGCGCUCGUAGGGAAUGAAAGAAGCCAGAAAACUUGACCCAGGCGUCCAAUUCUUACUUCUAUAGAUUGCAGGACCUGCUCGGUCAUUUUUAAACCACACACCAAAGAAGCAAAGAAGGCGACGGACGGAGCUAACGUUAGUUUAAACUCCCCAGACAACCGGCUUCAUCUCCUCCUUCUUUUAGUGUCACUCUGAUGCGAUGACAGACUCGGCAGUGGACAGCAAAACGGAGGUCAAGCAGGCCACCAAAUAUGUCAAAGAGACCGAAAACGUCGCGGAAAAAUACUCCGCAUUGACCGUCAGCAAGAACAGCAGCGACGUGAACAUGAACGUCGGAGAGAUGCCCUCCGCCGCGUUCACCGCGGUCCCGACUCUGAAGUCGGUGAAGAAGAUCCAGUUUGCGAAUGCAGAGGACAAGCAGGAGUUCAGCAAGUUUCCGACCAAGGCGGGUCGCCGCUCGCUCUCACGCUCCAUCUCACAGUCCUCCACAGACAGCUACAGCUCAGCUGCUUCCUACACUGACAGCUCAGAUGAUGAAACCUCCCCCCGGGACAAAGCCCAGGUCAACAGCCACGGCAGCACCAACUUCUGUGUGAAGAACAUCAAACAGGCCGAAUUCGGACGGCGGGAAAUUGAAAUAGCAGAGCAAGACAUGUCUGCCCUGAUCUCCCUGAGGAAGAGAGCCCAGGGGGAGAAGCCCCUGGCCGGGGCGAAGAUAGUGGGCUGCACCCAUAUCACAGCUCAGACAGCCGUCCUGAUUGAAACUCUGGUGGCCCUCGGGGCCCAGUGCCGCUGGACUGCCUGUAACAUCUACUCCACUCAAAACGAGGUGGCCGCUGCUCUCGCUGAAACUGGUGUACCGGUGUUUGCAUGGAAAGGUGAAUCAGAGGACGACUUCUGGUGGUGCAUCGAUCGCUGUGUCAACAGCGACGGCUGGCAGGCCAAUAUGAUCUUGGACGAUGGUGGAGAUUUGACUCACUGGGUUUACAAGAAGUAUCCCAGCGUGUUCAAGAAGGUCAGAGGAAUCGUGGAGGAGAGCGUCACUGGUGUUCACAGAUUGUAUCAGUUGUCUAAGGCGGGUAAACUGUGCGUCCCUGCGAUGAAUGUGAACGACUCGGUUACGAAGCAGAAGUUUGACAACCUCUACUGCUGCCGCGAAUCUAUUCUGGAUGGCUUGAAAAGGACCACGGACAUAAUGUUUGGAGGCAAACAAGUGGUUGUGUGUGGUUAUGGGGAGGUGGGAAAAGGCUGCUGCACUGCUCUUAAAGCCCUUGGCGCCAUUGUGUGCAUCACAGAGAUUGACCCCAUCUGUGCUCUGCAGGCGUGCAUGGAUGGAUUUCGAGUGGUCAAGCUGAGUGAGGUCAUCCGGCAGAUGGACGUGGUGAUAACUUGCACUGGGAACAAGAACGUUGUUUCCAGAGAGCAUCUUGACCGAAUGAAGAAUGGCUGCGUUGUUUGCAAUAUGGGACAUUCCAAUACAGAGAUCGAUGUGGCGAGUCUACGCAGCCCCGAGCUGACCUGGGAGAGGGUUCGCUCUCAGGUCGACCACAUCAUCUGGCCAGAUGGGAAAAGGGUUAUUGUGCUGGCAGAGGGUCGUCUUUUAAAUCUGAGCUGUUCUACAGUGCCUACGUUUGUGUUAUCCAUCACUGCUACCACUCAGGCUCUAGCCUUGAUUGAGCUGUACAACGCUCCAGAAGGACGAUACAAACAAGAUGUUUAUCUUCUGCCUAAGAAAAUGGAUGAGUACGUGGCCAGUUUGCACUUGCCCAAUUUUGAUGCCCACCUGACAGAGCUGUCCGAUGAGCAGGCUAAGUACAUGGGGCUGAACAAGAACGGCCCGUUCAAGCCAAAUUAUUACAGGUACUAAUAAGGAUGUCUGAUACUCAGCGAAACGUUUGCCCUGGGAUAAACAGAGAUAUCUAUUUUAUUUUCUAAACUACUGCAAAACGGAGGAAUUAUUUUACUUAUGCUGAAUGUAACUUAUUAAUAGCACCUUAGGAGUAGAGCUAACUAUUUCAGGAUAAGACAUAUAGAGAACUUAUAAUAUAUAAUGAACUAACAUGGGUCUGUCUUGUGGUCAGAGAGCAUCCUAUUGCAUGCAUUGAUGUUUUUGUGUAUUUAGUUGUUAAUGAGUUUUUGUUUCCUGAUCACAGAGCUGUUGAUUUGUUUGUUUACUCUAUUUAACGCACAGUGCCAAACGAUGGUCGUUUCUGUUUCAUUCGUCAGUGGUGUGGAGAAUUUAUGGGCACAUUCUUUGAACCAGAGUUUAGGCUGAGCCAAAGCAAGCUCUAUGAUGGUAUGCACACUAUCUUAGUCGUUUUGAAUGCAUGAAAGCAUUUUUUUAAUGCUACCUGCACAUAAGCCCUAAAAGGUAACAUCCACUAGAUUACGUAGAAUAAAAAAAAUGUGUUUAUAUGCAUUUUUUUUGACAGCGUCACAAGGUAGUUAUGAAAUAAUGGAUUUUAGAAUGAAUACAAAUAAAAAUCUGAAGAGUCUUACAUCCAGCAGUUUUCUUCUCCCCUGAGUCAAAGCUUUGUAUAACCACCUUCUACUCAAAUUAGAGCUGCACGUCUUCAGAGACUGACAUUUUGUUCAUUUCUCUUUCCAAAAUAGUUCAAACUUAUUCAGAUUGGAUGGAGGCCUUUGGUUCAAAUUUCAUUGUAGGUCUGGUUGUUUAGGCUGAAAGGUAAACCUCCUCCCCUGUCUCGAACUUGCUGCCUCUGGUUUUCUUUCCGGACUCCCAUGUUAACGCUGACAACUUUCCAAUAAUUCCUGCUGAAGAAAAACAUCCCCCUUGCAUUAUGCUGCCACCACCAUGUCACAAAGUGGGGACAAUGUGCACUUUUCCACAGGAAAGUACAAAACUGUUUGGCUUUCCAAACAGUUUUUUUUUGGAACUGGCCAGAACACUCUCUUUCACAUAUUUACUAAAUCUAUGCGGCUUGUGAUAAAAGUUCUUGACACUCAUUCACAAACCUUUUUGUAGAGUUCACAGCUAGUAGUAGUGUUGUCAACAGAUUAUCCAACCUGAGCUGUAGAGCUCUGCAGCUCCUCCAGAGUGACCUCUUGUUCUGCUUCUCUGGCUAAUGAAUCAUUUUUCCAUUUUUGGAUGAAUACCGAUAAGGCGUUGAAGUAAAAAGGGGCCAAAUAUAAGUGCUUGACUCACUUUCAGAUUUUUAUUUGCAAAACAAAUAGGAAAAAAUUUAAACCAUGAAUCGUUUAUUUCUCACUCCACAAAUAUGCUGCUGUGUGUCGCUUUCUCAAAUAAAAUCCCUUUAAGUUUCUGGUUGAAAUGUAAAAAAGGUGAAAAAGCUUAAAGGAUGUGAAAACCUUUUUAAAGCACUGCAAUUCAACAUGACGAUUAAAAGAAGUUUAGUAAAGCCACAAGAGCUCUCAAUAAAUGAUAACUCCCCUCAUUUAUUUCCAACUUUCCAUUUGCUCUGACACAUUCCAGUCCUGAUCUCUGUCACUGUAAAAACCUUUUGCCUGAAUGAUGCCUUUUAAGGCCGUGGUAUGAAUGUGCCUUUUUGAUUUUUUAUGAUCCUGUGUUCAAAGAGGUUGAGACACCAUUUCAAAUGGAAGAAAAAUACACGUUUUUUUCCCCUCUCCAGAAAGAGAAAUUUUCAUCUUUCCGGGUAAGAAUGAUUGUUUUUAUCGGAAAGAAUAAAAGCCUAACAUUUCUGCCUAUGAGAAUCAAAUGCUAGCAGCAGAGAAGCCUAAUUUGAACAGUUACAUUUUAUUUCCAUUAUAACUUUAGGCCCAAAGUUUUAAUGGGUUUGAGUAUCUGCACCAUUUGCUCCAGUUUGGAAAUCCCAUGAGUGUCCCAACUUGUUUUGAAACAGGUUUUCUAUACCAACCUUCAGCGCUGACCUUAAUUUAGCGAAUCGUCAUUCCUUUUUUAACAAAAACUAUUUAAACGUAGCGUCUUCCUUCCACUGCUUAUGGUACUAAUUGUAACUUUAACAUAUGAGAUGUAUGUUAAGAAAAAUAAUGAACUUCAUGUCUGGCAUAUGAUUGUCACUGUCUUAAUUUGAUUCAACUGUGUCACCUUAAUUAACAUUUCAUGUGAUUAAAAUGACAUUAAGUGUGUACUAUGUAUGUAAAUUCAUGCAUUAAAUCAGCAAUAAAGCAACGCUUUUUAACUGA